AGAGGGCUGCAAGUGACAUCAGAUGUAUUAGUUAAUUAAUAGCCUCUAACCAAUGGGCCAGCUCCAGACAGGGAGAGAACAACUGGAACAAAGCCUCCUCUCAGAAAGGAGCAGAAGAGGAUUGUGACAAAUGCAAGACUGCUGCAGCGGUCCCCUGGCUAUCAAUCAGCAGCUUUGGCUAUUGUGGUCCUCCCUGUGAGCCAGCAGGAGAGAGACGGUCAGCUAUAGAAGGGAGACAUAAAGAUGGCGUGGGAUCAGCCCCCUUUCUUACGCUUGCCACUGCUGAGCUUUGUGACUAUGCUGCUGUCCUUCUACAUGUCUACCGUCAUCCCUCAGGUUCUGGAUCCUGAGUUCUUUACAACAAGCUCACCGCGGAAGAAGCCAGACCCAGUUACAUCAGAAACUGUUGUUUUUUGGGGGCUGCGCUUAUGGCAAGUCAUUGGCGUUUUUUCAGUGUUUGUUUUGGCAGUCAUAAUAACACUGUGUUGCAUCUUCAAGUGCCGAAUUCCCAGAACCAAAAAAGAGAUUGAGGCACGUCACGCACAAAGACAAGCAGCAAAAAAAUUUGCCAAUACCCUGGAAUCAGUGCCCCCUCUCAACGAGCUCACUGACGUGCCAGGAGGUGAGCAGCACUGCCAGCCAUGGUGGAUAUUGUUGCCCUACACACGGUGUCUGGAGAUAUACAGGCCCACACUUCCAACCAGCUUCCUGUGGUGAGGGAAGAGGAUGAGGUGUCGGGUCCCACUCCUUAGUCUGUCUUGUCCAUUUCGUUAUCCUUUGGACUUUACCCUUCUGUCAUAAUAAAAAUAUUGUUCUAUUGACUAUAAAAUGAAGCCAAUUCACUUUUCUAUAUUUUGUUCAGAUGAUUGCCGUUUUAUUUUUUUAUCCUUAAUUCAUCCAGUUUCUACUGAAAUUAAAAUAUUGCAGAGGACCCUGGCCAUGAGCUUUCAACACACAGUAUCAAAUACAAUAUAGCAUAAUACUAUAUAAACAAGUACCAGGUGUACUCCAAGUUAAAAAAGCAAUAAUAUAAAGUUUUUCCAUAUCAAGAGAUAGAGAUUUGUUUUGUUGACAGCUGAAGGAGGUCAACAAAGAUUAUUUUACAUGCAUUUCCAUUUUUUCCGUCAUACAAUCCCAUACCCAAAAACAGUUGACAGACAAUAUAUAAUAAUUAUAUAUGCCAAACAAUGUCUUCUUUAGGGACACUGGAAAAUUUGAAAAGUAUUUUGUACAAAAGACUGACAGUUGAGGAUAAAUUAGAUGUCAGAGAAUUAAAUUGCAUGCUAAAAAAAAAAAGAAAAGAUAUUUUUAAUUUAGUUUCAGUAUAGUAACUGGUGUGCUUGCUGGUGCCACAAAAUACACGUUUUAUUUUUAAACUUGUAAUAAGACGAUUCACAUGUGGUCAAAGUGUACACCCUUUAUUUGAGAGUAACUUUUAUUCACCAUAUAGAAAUUACAGGACUUUUUAUACAUAGCCCUGCCCACCCUCCCAUUUCAAGGCACCAUAAUAUUCAUGUUAUGUAAAUGUUUGUCAUCUUUAUCAUAUAUCAUUUGCAUGCAAUGAUUGUUUUAAAUCUGUGACCUACUGUAUAGGCAUCACCAGGUGCUGAGUAGCUUCUCUGGUGAUGCUCUGCCAGGCCUGUACUGCAGCCAUCUUCAGGUCCUGCUUGUUUUAGGUGUUUUUGGAGUCUUGUUGCCUUAGGUUUUCUCUUCAGGUGAUAAAAUGCAUGUUCAAUUGGAUUCAUAUUGGGUGAAUGGUUUGGCCAGUCAAGAAUUUUCCCCUUUUUAGUUUUGAAAAACUCCUUUGUUGCUUUAGCAGUACGUUUGGAAUCACUGUCUUGCUGCACAAUGAAGUGCCAACCAAUGAGUUUGGAGGCAUUUGCUUGAACUUGAGCAGAUAAAAUGCGUCUGUAUACUUCAGAAUUAAUUCUGCUGCUGCUGCUGUCACCAGUUAUCAUCACAGGAGUCAAGUGAACCAGUACAUGUGGCUGCCAUACGUGCCAAAACCAUAACACCCCCACCACGUUUCACAGAUGAAGAGGGGGUGCUUUAGAUCGGGACAGUUUAUUUUAGCCUCUACAGUUUGCCCUGGUCAUUACUCUGAUACGAUUGAAACUUGGUCUCACACAAGACCGUUUUUUCAGGACACUGCAGGCCCUUUUGUAAGUACUUCUUAGCAAAGGAACCAGGCCAAGUCUUCUCUUCACAAAAAGAACUACAGAGGCUACACUGAAAAAUGUAGUGACAGUAGGCAAAAAAUAGUCUUUGAAACAUCCAACAUGCCUCCGGAAGGGUGUUUCUGAUCUGUGGGACAGAUGAACGGGGGUUUUUUUCAUUAUGAAGAGAAUUCUUUUAUCAUCAACUGUAGAGGUCUUACUAGGUCCUACCUUCUUUCUUCUUAAUGAUGUCCCAAACAUUUGAUUUUGGUAAAGCUAUUUUAUUUCCUCAAUCUCAUCCUUCCUUGACUUUCACCUGCACUACUACUAUUGUCUGCAUGUUGCCAAAUGCCAACAACAGGAUCCAAAGGCAAUCACAAGCCUAGAAUGAAAACUAGAUACGGAAAGCUAUAAACAUGUACUAAGGAAGCUAUUUAACACACCUGACUAAUAAACACCUGUGAAGCCAUCAGUCUCAAACAUUACGGUGCCCUGAAAUGGGGGGAAUACGUACAAAAAGUGCUGUAAUAUUUCUA